UUGGGGUAUUGCGGUCCAUAUAUAACCCCUAGAACACAAAAAAAAAAGCAGAAAAAGUGAACCCUCAUUCUAAUCUCCCGCCAAAAUGUCAGAGCCGUUUCGUUCACUCGUUUUGAACAGAAGAUUCGGCGAUGAGACUCUUCGCGUUCUGGAAUUAAUUUUGGUUUCCAAGGAAGUGAAGUCGUCGGUGGAAGUCCGAUCCGGCUUGAGGCAGUUCAUGAGGUCUGAAUCCCUCUCCGUUCUGAAAGAAAUUUCUGAGAAAAACGUCGAGGAGAAGCUUCUGAUGCUCGAAUUUCUCGUUCGCACUUUCGCGCUUGUCGGCGAUGUUGAGAGUUGCUUGGCUUUGAGAUAUGAGGCUUUGCUUUUGCGAGAUCUCAAGUCUAGAACUCAUCAAUGGCUAGAGGUGCCAUAUCUGGAAUGGCUGAACUUUGCUCAGCAGUCACUGGACAAUGGUUUCUAUUCAAUUGCAGCAAAGGCUUGUGAAAAUGCAUUGUUAUCCCUUAAGGGGAAGUCUGCUGAACAGCCUACACCAGAUGGAGUUUGCAUUGAGAGGAUAUCUACUGAAGACCCCAAAACAGAUGAAGUCUUUGAAACUGAACAAGUUAUUCAAAAGAUAAAGAAACUCAAGGAAUGUGCCAUGGCAUCUGCUUCUUCCCACUCAGUUCAAACGCAAACGGCAGACUACAUGAAAAAGAGACUAAAACAGAAGAGUAUGGUGUGCUCUCCAGUUCUCAAGAAGACAACAUGUGUAGCGAGCACUUUGUUCAGAAAUGGAAUCAAAAAGCGGAAUCAGCGAAAAUUGAAUGAAAGCAGAAGCUUAUUGGGGUGGAGUUGAGUGGUUGAUGGCUAGUAGCGUAGUCAAAUCAUAGACGUUGCUAACACCCUUGUGCUCAUCUUAGAAAGGAACCUUGAAGUUCCAUACUCAGCAGAGGAAGACUAUAGUUGUAUUUGGUUUGUGUACCAAGUCCUGUACUUUAGAGCAGGGUUUGGAUAAACUGUUAUAGAGUGAUUGGGCUGCCAUAUAAGUCAAUAACAGAAAAGAUAUUUGUAUAUUGUAUUUUGGACUAUUGGGUGGAACUGUGGCUCGUUGUACUAUUAAAAAUAAA